AUGCGGCGACGUAUGGGGGCGCUCUCGCCGCUGCACUGCGGGGACCUGCCCGCGCUGAUACGUCUCCGCCCCGCCCCGCCCCGCCCCGCCCCGCCCCGCCCGCCCGCCGCCUGCCCCGCCCUGCCCCGCCCUGCCCCGCCUGCCCCGCCCUGCCCCGCCCUCCCCGCCCUGCCCGCCCCCGCCUGCCCGCCCCGACACGCCCUCCCUUCCGUCACGCCCUCCCCUCCCCCUCCGCCCGCCCCCGCGCCGGGCUGCUUCUUUCUGUCAAGAAAUGUGGAGAAUUCCUGCCCAAGUACAGGUCGCAUGAACAGCAAGGUAAUUGCUGAAUUUUUAUAUCCGCUUUUCCUGUGGUUAUCUGACAUGAAAUGUUCGGUUCGGAUCGUGAGCGCCGCGUGGGCUAUCUCCGAACGCGGCGCGUCGUCCUCAGCCUCAGCGCUGGCCGCGCUGUGCUCCAUCGCCGUCGGGCGUGGGCAGGCGUCUUUCGUCUCGCACUCGCUCCGAACCCUCAUCCGUUCGGGCUCAUCUGCAACGCCAAGGACGCGCGAAUUUUCGCGAAAUCUGGCUGCCGCCGCCUUCGCCGCCGCCGCCUUCGCCGCCGCCGCCUUCGCCGCCGCCGCCGCCGCCGCCACCGCCGCCACCGCCGUCGCCGUUGCGAUCCGCUUUAAUUAA